CCCAAUUGUGUUGCAGGUGGGGCAUAUUUCUGAGCUCAGAAAAGUGAAACUAACCCUGUUACACUGUCCAGAGGCAGCCAUGGCCGCAGAGAAUCCCAUGGAAAGUCUGCAGGAACAAGCUACUUGUCCCAUCUGUCUGGAGUAUUUUAAGGACCCAGUGAUAAUAGACUGUGGGCACAAUUUCUGCCGAGCCUGCAUCAGGCACUACUGGGAGGGAUCCGAUACAGCCGCCUCCUGCCUUCAAUGCAGAGAAACUGUGCAACAGAGAAACCUCAGGCCCAACAGGCAGCUGGCAAACAUGGUAGAAAUCGCCAAACGGCUGAGUUUACAGGCAGCAAAGGGAGCAGGAGGAGAGAGAGUGUGUGGGGAACACCAGGAGACUCUGAAACUGUUCUGUGAAAAGGACCAAACCCCCAUCUGUGUGGUUUGCCAUCUAUCCCCGACUCACAGAGCUCACAAGGUGGUUCCCAUAGAAGAAGCUGUCCAGGAGUACAAGAAACACAUAGAAAAGGAGAGGCAGAAAAUUGUGUCUGAAUUUCAGCAACUGCGGCAGUUCCUGGAGGAACAAGAGCGACUCCUGCUGGCCCAGCUGGAAAAGCUGGAAGAGGUGAUUGAUGUCAGAAGCACCUUGAGCAGGUGUGAGAAGGGGAAGUUCCAGCAGUCAGUGAAGAUUUCUCCUGAGCUGGAAAAGGGGCUCCAUGUUUUCUCCCAGAAAACUGUUGCUCUAAUGGAGACUCUGAGGGAGUUCAAAGACACUCUGCCAUAUGAACUGGAGACAAAAAGAGGGGAACCCCUAGGAGCACACAGACUGGCGAAUGUGACUCUGGAUCCUGACACGGCUCAUCCCCAACUCGUCCUGUCUGAGGAUCGGAAAAGUGUGAGAUGGGGAGACACACGGCAGCGACUGCCCAACAACCCUGAGAGAUUUGACUAUUGUUUCUGUGUGCUGGGCUGUGAGGGAUUCACCUCAGGGAGACAUUGUUGGGAGGUGGAGGUGAGGGGUGGGGAAUUCUGGGCUGUGGGGGUGGCAAGAGUCUCUGUGAGGAGGAAAGGAUGGAUCAGCCUCAGCCCUGAGGGGGGGAUCUGGGCUGUGCAGCGGUGCGGGGGUCAGUUGCGGGCUCUCACCUCCCCUGAAACCCCCCUGCCCCUGAGCCGGGUCCCCAGUAGGAUCCGGGUUUAUCUGGACUGUAACCGGGGGCAGGUGACAUUUAUCAAUGCUGCUGAUGAGGCCCCGAUCUUCACUUUCCCGCCGGGCUCCAUCCCUGGGGAGAGAAUCCGACGCUGGCUCUGGGUGGGGAGGGGAUCCCGGCUCAGGCUGUGUCGCUGAGACACACCAGGGAGGGGGGCAUAUCCCACUGGGGACCCUGAGAUCAGCCUUCCUAGCCUCACACAGCCUUGUCUCUAUGCAGGGCCGGCUCCAGGGUUUUGGCCGCCCCAAGCAGCCAAACAAAAAAACAAAACAAAAAAGCCACGAUCGUGAUCUGCGGCGGCAAUUCGGUGGGAGGUCCUUCGCUCCA